CCACUAGCUGGUCUGCCUGCUGCUCUCGACCGUGUAGCUACUAAGUCCACCCUCCUUGCCACUUCGACUCGUGGCCUGUCAUUUUGACCCAUACUCUCCUCGCUCUUUCGGGUCGUGCUUUGCAACACCCCCCUGACUAGCUAGCUGGGUGGCCAGGUGGUAUCUUAUCAGCUACUUCCCCUCUCUCCAACGUGCGCAUCCGAGGCUCUGUACCUUGUAGUCGGGGUAGACGAAUCAUCUGCCAACAAAAGCGACCCGCUGCGUGGUGUCCUUCAGUCUCACGAUGGCUGCCCCGUUAGACAUGCAUCACGAUGGCGCGACGGUUACCGGUCCGAGACUCGUCAACCGACUACGCGAUAGCAAGUCACCUUAUGUUAGGGCGCAUAUGAACAACCCGGUGGCCUGGCAGCUAUGGGAUGCGGAGGCCAUCGAUUUAGCCAGGCGCCAUAACCGGCUGAUCUUCUUGAGCAUCGGGUAUUCAGCAUGUCACUGGUGCCACGUAAUGGAAAAGGAAUCAUUCAUGUCGCAGGAGGUGGCCUCGGUUCUGAACGAGUCGUUCAUUCCCAUCAAGGUGGAUCGGGAAGAGAGACCCGACGUCGACGAUGUUUACAUGAACUACGUGCAGGCCACUACCGGAUCUGGGGGAUGGCCUUUGAACGUUUUCCUAACUCCAGAUCUCGAGCCUGUGUUUGGCGGUACCUAUUGGCCGGGCCCAAACUCCUCAACGUUGACAGGAACCGAGACAAUCGGAUUCGUCGAGAUCCUUGAGAAAUUAGGAGACGUUUGGGAAACCCAACAACUUCGGUGCCGCGAAAGCGCAAAAGAAAUCACCAAACAACUUCGGGAAUUCGCAGAAGAAGGGACCCAUUCCUACCAAGGUGAUCGGCAAGCGGACGAGGACCUGGACAUUGAACUUCUGGAGGAAGCCUACCAACAUUUUGUUUCUCGAUAUGAUCCUAUACAUGGUGGUUUCUCCACGACACCGAAAUUCCCCACUCCCUCCAACCUGAGUUUCCUAUUACGCUUGGGUAUCUAUCCCAGUGCAGUUUCCGACAUCGUGGGGCGGGAUGAAUGCGAGAAGGCAACCGCCAUGGCCAUUAACACACUCAUUAAUAUGGCGCGUGGAGGUAUACGGGAUCAUAUCGGACAUGGCUUUGCACGAUACAGUGUCACUGCUGACUGGGGCCUGCCUCAUUUUGAAAAAAUGCUGUACGAUCAAGCACAACUCUUGGAUGUCUAUGUGGAUGCAUUCAAGAUCACUCAUAACCCCGAGUUGCUAGGUGCAGUUUAUGACCUAGCUACUUACCUGACGACAGCUCCGAUUCAGUCACCAACGGGUGCGUUUCACUCGUCCGAAGAUGCCGAUAGUCUUCCGGCACCCAAUGAUACCGAGAAGCGGGAAGGCGCGUUUUACGUCUGGACAUUGAAGGAACUGACACAAGUGCUUGGUCAGCGGGAUGCUGGAGUUUGUGCUCGUCACUGGGGUGUUCUUCCUGAUGGGAACAUCGCGCCUGAGAACGACCCCCAUGACGAGUUCAUGAAUCAGAAUGUUCUGUCCGUGAAGGUGACUCCCAGCAAACUUGCAAAGGAAUUCGGACUCGGGGAAGACGAGGUGGUGCGGAUUAUCAGAACAGCGAAGCAGAAGCUCCGCGAUUACCGGGAGAGGACGCGCGUACGCCCCGACUUGGACGAUAAAAUCAUUGUUGCCUGGAACGGGCUGGCUAUCGGCGCACUGGCCAAGUGCAGUACAUUAUUCGAAGACAUUGAGCGCUCCAAAGCGGUACAAUGCCGAGGGGCAGCGGCCAAGGCGAUCAGCUUCAUCAAAGAACAUUUAUUCGAGAAGACUAGUGGGCAACUCUGGCGAAUUUAUCGUGAUGGCAGUAAAGGCAACACCCCCGGCUUCGCCGACGACUACGCGUACUUGAUCGGUGGGCUGCUGGAUAUGUACGAGGCUACAUUUGACGAUAGCUACUUGCAGUUCGCCGAACAAUUACAGAAGUACCUCAACCGACAGUUUCUUGCAUAUGUAGGAUCGACACCAGCGGGCUAUUAUACCACGCCCUCCACGAUGACAGCGGGGACUCCGGGCCCCCUUCUUCGCUUGAAGACUGGCACGGAGUCGGCCACGCCAUCUGUAAAUGGAGUUAUUGCCCGCAAUCUGUUGCGUCUCGCAAGCAUUCUGGAGGAAGAGGCAUACAGAGGGCUUGCCCGGCUAACCUGCCACUCAUUUUCAGUGGAAAUUCUCCAGCAUCCGUUCCUCUUUGUUGGACUUCUGGAUGCAAUUGUGGGAUUGGAGACUGGUACGCGCAACGUCACCGGGGUGUUCUCUACUGCCGUCAUUGAAGGUAGCGUCCAAGCUUCGGAGGGAGUGAUCCGGAAGACGGAUGAGCCCGUCUGUGUGCGAGACCUGAUUGUACAAAAAAUCCGAGCCGAAGCCGGGUUGGCGAUUUCGACUGCGACAACGACCGCCUCUCUUGUGGAUAUCCGACCCUCUCACGUGGGUGAUUUUGUAGGCAAUCAAUCAUUCUGGCUACGGACGCGAAACGCAAUGUAUAGGGAGCUGGAGCCGUCGGAAACGGCGAAGAAUCAUCUCAUGGUUUGUGAAAGCGGCCGAUGCCGGAUGGUGAACAUAUGAUUUGUACAAAUGAAUAAAUCUAAACGUUAUUUACUCAUGCGUUAUGGCUUGCAGGUGAUAGGUCAUUUAUAUGAUUGGUCGUCCAAUUGGCACAAAUACUACUAGGAUUCUCAAUGGAACCG